GAUAAUUUUUUUUUUUAUGCUUAACAACAAAGAGAGGAAAAAAACAAAAACCAACAACCCCCUACUGCCUAACUGUCACAAACCCCAUAGAGUCUGCCAUAAGUAAAUACUCCAUUCCAGGAGGGGGAUCCUGGAGGAGGAGGAAAUCACGCUCCUGAGCUGCUCCUGCUUUUGCCAAAAAAUCCGCGCAAGCAUUCCCCUCACGUAAGACAUGAGCAACUUGGACCACCCAAUCUCGCCGAAGCAGGUCCAGGAUGGAAUGAACAAGCACAGCCUCAACAUGAAAAUGAGAGGGAGGCUGAAGAAUCAAAUUGACAGCGAGCAACGAAUCCGAGGAGCACUGAACCCGGCGAUGACCAAGAUUCCAAGCGAGUUCCAAGCCACGACAGAUUGCAAGGAGCUCCAUGUGAAGCACCGACCCUUGAGAAUAAAUAGAUAAUUUGUGGAUGAGGGCAAAUAAUUAAAAAAAAAACUUAAAUAAAUCGAUGUUAUUUUAAAAUGGAACAGAAUCCUCAAAGAUUGUAAAAAGGAACAGAAUCCUAAAGAUAUGAUACAAGAAUGUUGCUUGCUUAGAAAAUAAGCGCAAAGAUUUAGCGCCAACGGCUAUUUUUUCCUUUUAUAUAUAACGAUUGAGUGAUUAUGUUGCUCUCAUAUGGAUCGACAUUCGACAGUCACACAUUGAGAAACAAACAAACCAGGGUUUCAAUUUGCGUCGACAAUUGUUGCUUUGCUUUCAUCUCAAAUUUACUGACUAGAUUCACGGUAAAAGUUUUACUUUGUUGCAAAUGGAUAGCGGUACAAUGGUGAUGGUUGCAGGGAACGGAGUUAGUAUUGACUCUCAUUACAUACUAGAUGGCUGUGAUAAUGGUGUAGCCAGCUAUCGGACACUGAAUGCUGCAGAACCCAUAAGAAGACUGAAUGCUGCACAACCCAUAAGAGAUAUGGACUCUCAUUACAUAAUCGAUGGUUCUCAUUAUGCUUCCUAUAGGGCUCAGACAAUUCAUUCACCGAAUGCUGCUGCAAUCCCCAUGAGGAGGGGUUCUGAGACUGGCUAUAGGCACAUUAACCAUCCACCAUCCAUGUUAUAUCAUCCCGAUGCUACAUUCACCCAGAGGAGGGGUUUUGGGACUGACUAUAGGCACAUUAGCCAUCCACCAUCCAUGUUAUAUCAUCAAAAUGCCCCAUUCACCAUGAGGAGGAGGGGUUUUGGGACUGGUUAUAGGCACAUUAGCCAUCCACCAUCAAUUAUUGGACAUCAAACUCUUCCUCCUACUGGUUUUCACCAACUUGAUGAUGUUGCUUUAUUGAUUAAUCGUAUCAACAAUGUGCGCAUCAGAACUGAAAACACAUCUUAUGAGGAGUUUCUUGCAUUGGCUGAGCGUGUUGGCAAUGUAAGCACAGGCUUAUCGGAUGAAAUCAUUACAGCCCAAAUGAAGACCAAAGAUUAUAUCGGAACAGGAGAUACGGAAGAAAAUGAUUUGUGCGUGAUAUGUCAGGAUGAAUAUACAACUCAAGAAAAAGUUGGAGUUCUUCAAUGUGGACAUGAAUAUCAUGCAAGCUGCUUAAGGAAAUGGCUCCAAAUGAAAAAUGUUUGCCCCAUGUGCAAGUCAGAAGCAUUGAGUGCUCAAUGAUCUUUUGUCCUUCCCACGCUCUUUUUGUGUUUUGUGAAUACUCAACUUAGGUUGUAUAUGUAGUUUUUUCCCCAUCUAUUAAAAUUUGCAUUGUUCUCUGAAUUAACCUACAGUGGAUUUAAUAUGUGUUGUUUCUGCAAUAAUAAAUUGAUUCUUUCUUCUAGUGUUCUGUUUACCAGUUCUUCUAUCUUGUUACUUAUGAUUAUGAAUUAGUAAUUGAAUAUAUUGAAGAUUUUUUUAUGUAGUAAACCAAGAGUGUGUUGAAAAGUGUGAGUUAGGGGAUUUGUUUCUGACUAUUUCUUUUUCUGCGAAUUUUACUUGUCUUUGUAUGGACUUUUGUCUUAGUGACCACCCAUGGAAAGUACUGGAUACAUCAUGCGCCAAAAUUUAUACACAAUUUUUUUAUUGUUUGAUGUGAAAUGAUUUGUCCAUUUUUUAGUGAAUUAGUUUUAGUUGUUUGAAGAAUUUCUCAAUUUUCUGUCCGAAUCACUUAGGCUGCUUAUGAAUUUAUAGUUGGAAUUUUGGUUGGAGUAGUUUGUUUAGGUGCUUGCUAUGAAUUUCAAAAAAUUGAGCCUGCUCUAGGUUCUGCACAGCUUGAGGAAUUGUCAGGUUGCCUCUUGAGGAAGUUCAGGGACUAGCUGGAAUUCUGGAGCUUUUACUGUUUACCUUUUUCUUUUGUGGAUUAUCAGGUUCAGGUCUGCCUCACUGCUUUUUAGUGUUACUUUUUCAACAGGUCUUCAACAAAUCAUCACUUACAAUUAAGAUUCUUUGACAUUAAUUUUCAGCAAAAAGAUCCUGUUAUGAGGUUUAGACUUUAUAUGAUAACUUGGGUAUUGAUCAAAUUGCUUGUUAACAUUAAAUUGAAUGGUGAGACUUGUAUGUUAAUAUUUGUGCACCCAUAGUCUUCCAUCAAUCAUAAUAUUGUUAUGUGUCUUUCCUUGCCACAAUGGAACAAAGAUAUUCCAAAUAACAAUGUAUUUUCAUGAAGCUAUUCAUUUUUCUGCCUUAAGUGCCUUGAAACAUGAACUCCAUUCAGAACAUUACGGGGAUUUUGUUGCUAAGGGACACUUUCCAAUAAUAGUCUCAGUUAGUAGUGUUUUUAUUUGGAAUAGCUAGAAAUGGUUGGACUGAUUUGUUGGGAACCUGAGUUUCUACUUUCCUAUUCUUGAGCUAUAAGAAAUUUCUAUCUCUGCUUCCAGGAUCACAUUAAUUCUGGGUUUAGGUUUGUAUGAGUGUAAUUUUUUUACUGAUACUACCAGUUCUAAUAUCAGUAGUUAUUUUCUUAAUGGGUUUAGAAUUCUAUUCUUCUAUCCUAAUAACUAACCCACUUUAGUUGGUUACAAUUAGUUAUUUCCUUUGCUCUGUUUGCACCCAACGUACACUUGUUUAAUGACAGUUUUAAGCCCAUGGCUAUCAAAUAACUUACAGGUUAACCUAUUCUUUCAUUUACUAUUGAUCUUUGAAACCCAAUGUGUCUAGCCCUCAUGCUAUAAUUUUCUAUUUCUAGGUUUUAACCGUUUUAAAAUAGUCUCAUUUAUGAACUAGUCGUCGAUAAUUCUUUUCUUUCUCUCUUAUGUAUUUAUUUAAAUUGUUGCAGGAAAAGGGACUCUAAUGUUCAUGUUUGUGUGUAUGACACCAAUUUGGGCUAUAUUACUCAUAAUAGCUACUCGAACCAUCAAGUUACCAUUCAGUAGUCCUUUUCUCGAUGAGAUCCUCUUGUGAGCAUAGACCAGCUGCUUUUUGUAGAUUGAGUGGUAGUAAAUUACUCAAAAGUUCAAUGGAGCACUAAUAUUCCAUAUAUUUGUAUUUAGUAGUUAUAGCAAUCUCACAUAUAUUCGAAAGCCCAUUUUUAAUUUGCCCCAGAAUCAAUUAUAUGUGUACAUAUCCUACAUGGAUGUUUUCACUUACAUCCUUAUUAAGCUAUAGUUGUUGAUAAUCUGCUGCUGCCUAGGAAUCUAUCUUCAGGCUGCACUGUUUUAGUUGAUAUUUUGAUUAUUUUCUUAAUUGUAGCUAUUUUUUUAAUUGUAGCUAUCGCACUGUGAGAUGCAAAGUUUGAAUGAAAAAUGUGAACAACAAACUGCAUUUCAUUACUAAAUCUAUCUAUCUAUCUAUUUAUAAUAUAUAAAUUCUUUCUCACCCAUUUGUAACGGAUCGGUCGAUCAACAACAAGACUAUCACAUGAGACCGAGCCUCUUCCAUAUUCUGUGAAUGCCCUGUGGUUCCGUUUCUUUUCAGUUUCAUCCUAGCAGGACAGCAGCGCUCUUCUUUUUUACUCACAGAAGAAAACCGAUCCCCUCACUUCUCAUUGUCUCUUUCACUCCCUUUCUCUUUUUGGCUUGACUGUGUCACUCCCCAAUCCACCAAUUGCUUCAUGAACACCAAGGUAUGGAUUUCAAUGCAGACAAAGGUAAGCCUUCCCCUACCCGUUCAAAUCCCUUUUUUGAUUCAAUUAAACUCAUUCAUUUCUUUUUCCCAGCCUUGGCGAGAGAGUUCCUUCUCUCCUUUUGAUUUCGGGUUCAUCGAGACAAGGCAAAUCAUAAAACCCGAGUAAUCCAAAUUGAGCUCAAGGUCUGAAUGAAGUAUAGGGAUCUCACUAUCUCAAGCCAGAUUCAAUGAAGAAGCUGAAGGUGCUGAUCGGCUCUAAUCCACUUGAGAAGAUGCCUCUUGAGAUCAGGCGCUACUUUGAGACUCUCUUCUUAGCUUUGCAUUCAACUUAUACAUUCAUGAUUGCCCAAUUUUAUUUUAUUAACACAACUUCAUCGUUUGACCAUCGAAUCCUUGCAUUUCAGAUUUGUGUUAUAUAGCUCAGAUAGUCAGAUGUAUCUCAUUGAGAUCGAAAUUCAGUUUGAAACAGUGUUUGUUGAUGUCUUCAAGGGAGCGCAUAGGGAACAUGACUACCUCAUGGUGCAUGUAUCACUUUCAUUUUAUAAUUUUUUUUCUAAUCUUUUACUUUUAUCACCCUGAUCCCUCAUGUGGUUUUCGCGCCCUAAAGGAGAACCAAGGACUGGUACUGGUUGUUAUACUAGAAGGGGUUGCUGCUGUUUUUUCUGUUCUGUUAUGGCUAUGGCGCUGACUUUGAUUAGCUUGGCAUAAAGAGAUGUUGAGUGAUGCUUUCUUCAAGUUUUUGAUAUGUCUUGGGUGCUGUUUCAUGCUUACGGCUACUGCUGCUGCUGCUAUUGUCUCUUUUGCUGCAGCAUGAGGUUGGUUAGUAAAGCUUGUUGGUAACUCCUUAUGGUAAUUCCUUGCUGGUAUGGGGGUUGGAUUGGAUAUUAGGACCAAUUGUUAGUGUUGACUUCCUCAAAUUCAUUUUUAUUAUUCUGGGAUUAUUUGAGGGAUGGGGUAUGUGAUACAAGGAUGUGAAUCUAUGUGCUUGCUGCUGCUUGAAUUCUUUUUAGUUUCACAUGUCUCUGAUUUCUUUGGUGCUCUGAUAUGGCCUGAGUUCCUAAGGUUCAAGAUACACUGCUGUGUGCGGGUCUAAUUAUGCAGACUGUGUUCUGCACUAUGAGGACUGUGGAAUGGUAAUUUGCGGGUGUCUUUGAGGUGCUGAUGUGUGGUUCAAUACUUAAAGAAGUGUGCCUUGUCUUGGAUCACAUCUAUGAUGGUUGCUGAUUGUUGUAUUCUGGUUUUUGCUUUUCUAUUAGCUUUAAAUUAUAUUUCUUUUGCUGUCAAAAAAAAAAAAUUGUGGUCCUUUUUUGGACACUCAAAUUGAGAAUUUUACUCUGAUAUGCUGUCUGGAUUAUUUGCUGACCCUCAAAAUUAGGUGCACCCUUGAGCUGAAUCAAUUGGGGUUAUGGAGGUAACUGUCAAACUCUUUGCUGCAGAAUUCCUGUAUAUUGUUCUGUUUGAUGGUAUAGUCCUGGGGCCAACUACUAGGUUGCGGUUGUGGGGUGGGCCUUAGAUAUAGCUUGAAGUUCUAUUACCAAUUGGAUGCCUUGCUUCGUGGAAAACUGCCUUGGAAUGAUAUCUGGUAUUUGCUGGAUGUUUGAGUACCACGAGAGACUAGAGAGCUUCUUCAGCUUGGCUUGUUCUUUUUUCUAGUCUUUGUAUUGUUUAUCUUGUUUUGUUUCUUUGCUUUUGCUUUUCUUUUUGUCUUACUGCACUGUACCUCAACUGGGAGAGCCUGUUCCCAGUAUCCUUUUCUUUCAUAAAUAAAGAUGCUUUUUGUUGUCAAAAAAAAUUUUCCAGCCAUUUGGAAAGAGUCUUGCAAUUCAAGAUGGUAAAUAUUACACCCUCUAGGUUAGUCCCUUAACCUUUUUAUAUAGUUUUUUUAAUAGUUUUCUUCCCCGGGCCAUUUAGUGAUCAAUUGGUGAUUUGAUAUUUUUCCUUUUAUCACAUCAUUGUACAGCCCUUACAUUUGAAUCUUAUAUCAAGAUGUUAGAUUGAAUUGUGGGGUUCAGAAAGUUCUGUGUCUAUCUAUUUAAUACACUGGUCUUAACUAAUUUCCUGGUUUUUUAUAUUUGUUUUAAGAAAAAUGUUUUCUUGCCUGCCAUGAAUGUCAUGUAAAGUUGGGAGCUCUGAAACUAAGAUGGAAUAGAGUUACUAUGGUAAUAAUUGAUAUGGGAUUAUCAGAAGUUAUAUUUGUCAGAGACAUAAUCUUGGGUUCAAUUUUCCUUUUGUUUUGCAUGUUUUCUUGAAGUUCUUAUGAUAGCUUGUAUUCAUGAAAUUCUAACGUAACUAUGGUAGCCCAAAGGCAUAGAUCUAUUUCUAAACAUAACCUAGAUGGUAUGAACAUUUUGUAUCUGUUGCAAGAUACAAAAUUAAAAGAUUUUAAAUCACAUUCACUUUCGAGAUAUUGUAGCUAAGUACAUCUGGAGCGCUUGAUUUAGGCAUUGUUUGUGAUUGAUUCCUUCAUACAGAAAGUUGAUGAUUGAGGGAUAUAUAUUACUUUAUUGAUCCUAUGUCACCUUUUAACUCUUACAUAGGGAUUCACAUUGGCCAGAGCUUACAACUGACAGAUUUGUGUUGCCAAGGUCCAUAAUCUUCUUCUAAUAUUUCUUUCAGAAGUUAAUCAAGUCCAAACAUAAACCUUUUUAUUCUUUGACAGUAGAGAUAAUUUCGUAGUUGUUAAUUUGCUCCAUUGUGUUCAUUUGUUCCCUACUUGUGUUCAUGGAGGUCCAAAUCUCAAUAUCUUUUAUUUGUAGUCUGGAUCUGGUGAGAGGAUUAUAUCUGGAAAUACUGUAGCUUUUAAUUCAUCGGCCUUUUAGUGGCCUGGCAAGUUUUGGUGGUUCAUUUUUUCCAAAAUUCCAAUGUUCUCAAAUGGUGUAUAUAUAUGUUCCUUAAUCAGGAAGAAUGUAUGUGAAUACAAUAAACAACAAAGGGGAAGAACAACAAAAAGAUAGGUACAAGACACAAUAAAUCUGAUUCUUAGCAUUUUCUAUUAAAGAAUAAAAUUUGAAUUGAGAGAGAAGAAGAUUGCUUGUAUAAGACGCUUGGGUGUUGUGGGAUGUUCAUAGACCAGGGUAUUCUUUCUUUGUAAUUCAUCUUCUUAGGGAUCGAUUGUUCUGAGAAGGAAGUCAUAUCAAUUAAGUCAUUCUUUUUAUUCGAUCAAUUUCUUAAUAAUGAACAUUCUUGCAUUUUUUGCAUGAUUUGACUGGAACCAUGCCAUAGUACCCACUUUAAAGCGUUUGUAGGUUGUGGGACUGCAUUGCAUUGUCAGGUGAUAUUGAUUUUUCUGAGGCUUCGUUCUAGAUGCAGAUAAUAGAGCUGGUGAUGGCAUUUAAGGUCAGAUUCCUGAUGCUUAUUCACUGAAUUAAUGUUAUAUCUAAUUUCUCACAUUAUGUUAUUAUGUUGUGGUAGACAUUCUUCUCAGCAUAUUUCAAUGGGUGAGAUAUUUGUGUUGCGGAUACACAAAGUGAUAUGUCAUUCUUCUCAGCAUAUUUCAAUGGGUGAGAUAUUUGUGCCAAAGGAACAACCAAAUGUAUAAAUUUUUCUUAUUGAGUUUUGUAACUUUUUAUUUAUAGAGCAAACAUUAUGGUAUUUUCUGUAGCUAACAUCACUGGAGAUGCCAUGCUAAGUACACUGCACUUGUGGUUUCUACACAUAUGUUUAUGUAGCUUGGAAGAAUCCAGAGAACCACUGACCUGGCCAAAUCUUCAGAAGAUGUGUAAUAUCCUCUACCCCUAUAUGAUCAAUUUGGUUAUGCUCAUGAUGGUUCUUUCUCUACCCUUCUGACCAAUCCCAAGGAAAUGUGAUAAAGAGAACAGGCCAUAAAUGCCCUAAAGUUUGCAUCAAAUCAAAGGAGUUAUAAUAAUAGUUCUCUCACAACAUUUCUCUUACUUUCCUAUGUGAAUUUCUGCCCUGUUUACCCCAAUUCAUCUUCUGAACCAAAACACCAAUCUCCAAACUCCAACUCGAUGAAGGUCACUCAGUCUUUCUGGUGUUGACAAACAAGUGAUUGAAGCACUUCCCUUCAAGUUUUGAUCCCUAAAGGGGUCUAAACAAAACCUAGAAUGCGCCGUUUGUUUAUCCAAAUUCGAGGAAACUGGUUCUGAGGUUACUGCCAAAGUGCAAACACACUUUCCAAAUUAGUUGCAUUAACAAGUGGCUUGAAAGCCACUCUAUUUUCUCUCUUUGCAGGUGCAAGGUUAAAGUAGGGGACAUCAAGAACUUCACUCAUUCAUUAAGUUCGAGGCUCCUCAUCAGAGUUCCUUCAAAUCUUACUGAGGAAGAACUGCUUAUUGAUCAAGGAGGUGGUAGCAGUUGUGGGAAUUACGAAGCAUUCGAUCAGUGUUCAUUCUGCAGUUUGGAACCCCCCAGUGAAGGGACGUUUAAAUUCAAUGUGGAUGAAUCAUCUUUGGGGAAUCCUAGACCCUCGGGUAUUGAAGGGGUGCUUAGAGAUUGGCAUGGAAACAUUAUCGGGUUCUUCUCAAAGAGCACGGGCAAUUUGUGGGCAUACUAAGUGGAAGUGAAUGCUAUUCUCAAUGCACUCAUGUUUUGCAAGCAAUUCCAAGUCUCCCCAUAUUAUCAUUGAAAGUGAUGCCUCUAUUGCUGUGGGAUGGACUAAGAACAAAGCUCAUAGGCCAUGGAAACUUCUAAAUGAUCUUAACCUCAUUGAUAUUUUGUUAGAUGAAGUUGAUUGUAUAGCUGUUAUUCAUAUAAAUUGAGAGGCUAAUCCACUAGCGAAUUUUUUAGCUAAAAAAGGCUGCAACAGAGAAGUUCCAAUUUGGGAAUUCUUUGGACCUGUAAUGCUUUCUUGAGGGAGCUGUCCUCAACUCCUUCUUUAUCUUAAUAUAUAUCCUUUUUGUAAAAAACAACUACAAAGUGAU